AUGUCCGUCGAAUUGAGUUCAAGGAGUCUUUCGUGUUCCCUGUUUGGGACGCUGUUCCUCCGGGUAUGUCUCCUUAAUAUGCGACAGAAAUAUUUUCCACGCUUGCUUCAAGCCAACACUGUGUAGGCCAGAUCACAGACAAUAUUGAACCCUGUCUACAGGGCCCAUACGCGACACUGGAGCCCUUAGAGCUUCUCUCCUUCGACGUUGGCCGUACCGGAAUACAUAUCCGUCGGGUGUGCAGCCUAACACAUUUGCAUCUUGCCACACAAGAUAGCAGUCCCCUUGUCUGGAAUUAUUAUAUCACCUUCUCAUGAUUUAUAGCUCCGAUUAGUACCUCGACUUUGGUCAGAAACGGACAUUUUGCGACCUAAGGUUUAAUGGUCUGUAUUUUAGAAGGAAAAAACCAUUAUUACCUACUGUGUUCAUAAAUAAAUUUCAUCAUUAUACAUAACUUUUAAACGUAAGUCCUCAUUUUUUUAAAAUUUUAUUUUACAGUAGUCAGCUAACUUAUUAUGAAGAUAGAAACAGGCGUUUAUACUCGUUUUAUUUCAGUUUUUUCCUGUUCAUUGGUGUGCAUUUCCAUAGCUUCUCUAAUAUACACGUGUGUCAUGCUACCUCGCAGUAAACUUUCACCGUUGCAAUAUUUGGCACUUAUUGUUCUUGCCUCCUAUUACUUGUUCGUUCCAUUGAUCCCUGGGUUUUCGCAAAUUUGAGGGCAGCGGACUAUUCAAUCACCUGUUAUUUAUUGAGAGUUGCCUUUAUUUAUUUUUCAAUUAAUUCACUCGCUUCCGCUGGUACAUAUAGGCGCGUAAGAAGAAUUUUGGUGGAAACCUAUCUAUUUUCUAAGUGUUCUUGCAUACAUUUCGCUCCCCCAACGCGGCGAUGUCCCACCCGUAAAACCCCUAUUACCACCAUUUCUGUAUUACACGAGCCUGUGGAUAAUGGUUGCGAAGUGGAGUUACACAACCUACCGUUGCCCUCACUUGGUAGCAAAUCACGCCAUCUUCACGUUUUGCACUCGAAGGAAGAGUGCCUCUCGGUUUAACAAAAGUCCCGUUCAUGAGAUUUUCGAAGCCCAUGCAAUGCCCAUUUAUGCAUAAUCGUACCUAUCCGUUUAGCAAUGCUCCUCAUGAAGCAUUUGACAUAGUCUGCAUACAUUGCAAAAUUUUACGAACUGUACACGCUAUAUUUUCAAAGGUCUAGAGGAAUAUAUGAUUUUUCUAACGCGAAAGCAUACACCUUAUUGACUGAAAACGCUAAACGCUAAUGCAACGACUGGUCUGAGUCAAAAUUAUUCGAGAACUGGAAGACUUUUUCAAAACCUGCAAACACCCUUUCUUCGAGUGAAAAAGUGCGAAGACGAAGUGAUUUGCUACUAAAUUAGAAGUAGGGGGCAUAUUUUAUGCAUGUUUUCUAUAAAACAUACUUGAAAUUAUAAAACCACCGAAACUCCAUGUGAAAAAGUCAUACUAUUUAGGCAGUCGUUCUUUUACCGAGUGAAGAUUUUACGGGAGGUCCGAAAGAAGUGCAUUCAACAGUCUGCAUUCUGGCCAGUCCGAAAUAGCUUGGGAAUAUGCCGCGUAAUAAGUAGUAUUACAACCCCACCAAAGUAAUCCUUCUUAAUUGAGAACGCAUUUCAGAAUUUCGACUAACAUAUCAUGAGAUCGGUCAUUGACUAUUGGUCAGAUUAAAAUCUACAUUAAAAAUUACAACAGGAGCCUAGUUGUGGUGGCACUUUCAGUGCAUGAUUAACUGGCCCGUUCUUCCUUGAAGAUACAAUACACUGUGACCUGUAGUGUCUUAGCGGGUAGAUUACGCUAAUUUGCACUUUCAACAAGAUGACGCCGCUGUUCAUUAAAGUCUCUCUGUUCAAAAGUUGCUUUAUACACAUUUACCUGGUAGAUGGACAGGCAGUCGUUGUUCCGUUGAACGACCCGCAAGAUCCUCCAGGUUUCUUCCUCUGGAAAAUACUCGAAAACCAGGCAUUUUGCUAUAAGCCGAAAACUCUCAUUGAUCUAUAACAGAGCAUCAUAAAUGCAUAGGAAUAUGUUAAGCCGAGGAUAAGCUAAAAGUAACUGAUUCAACCAUCGAACGUUUUAUGAACGUACUGCAAAUAAUGUUACAUUAUGAACAUUUUUCGUAGCUUUGUGUAGUAAAUUGCUGCAAAUCAGGCACAUUCGUCGACCAAAUUCACGUUGCAGAUGAAAUUGACCGGUCCGCUCCCUUAGAUGUUCUUCUAAACAGGAGACCUGAUGGAAGCGUCCGAAGGAGCGUCUAUCGGAAGAAAAUCUGGUCUGGACAAUAUACGAACUUCGUCAGUUUCGUACCCCUCCAACAAAAAUGAAAUCUAGUCCUGUGUUUGACACAAAGAGCUGGAGAAAUAUGUUCUCAGACCCUAACAGCUGCAAACCACCACCCGGCCACGUGAAAUUUUGCUGUCUCUCCACUCACCUCCCUUGCGACACGGUGAACAACAAACAAAACUCCCAACACCUCCAACGCCGGCGCACUGACCCCUGACCUCAUUCCGUAUCAAUAACCAGCCGCCGCAUCUCCACUGAUCCUCGUCCACCUCCAGCACUGAGAGCCCUAACGGUUCUCCCUUCCCUCCCCCCACCCCAAAGCUUACCAUAACUCGGUGCCCACCCCUCUCACGCACCAGCUGUGUGUCUGUCGUUGCAUGUUCUGUCGCACCAACCGAUCUAGUCCGCCGAUCUCACAUUCUCCUCUGCUCAUUUCGCCUGAUGACAGGUUGGUAUCACUAUCUUGGAAAUUCACGAGUACAACCCGAUUUUCCGGAUAACCUUCCCUUUUUCAUAUACAUAUAUAUAUACAUAUAAUAGAUGGACGCUCACCGAUCAGGUUAAGAGUCGUGCUCGACCAGUUGUCUCUUGGGACUUAAACUAUAAUUCUCGCGGGCAGUCGCAUAGUGACAAGUGAUAUAGGUAAAUGAUGACGAUGCUGCUGUUGCUGCUGCUGCUGCUGCUGCUGCUGCUGCUGCUGAUGAUGAUGAUGAUGAUGAUGAUGAUGAUGAUGAUGAUGAUGAUGAUGAUGAUGAUGAUGAUGAUGAUGAUGAUGAUACAAGCGAAGAUGCGAGUUCCAGGAACCAGUUGAUCAGAAGAAGAAGCGAUCGCUGGAACAACGUCUUUAUUCGCCUGAUGUUUCGGACUCUCACUUGA